AUGAUAGAAGCCAAAAGUUGUGAAGAGACAGUUUGCGAAGACAGGAUUAGUGAGUUGCCCGAUGAUUUGUUGGUAACGAUACUGGAUCGUGUCCCGACAAAGGACGCAGUGGCCACCAUGUUUCUAUCGAAAAGAUGGCAGUCUAUUUGGACGAUGAAACUUAAACUUGCCUACCAAGACAGCGAUGCUGGUAGUGAUUAUGAUUAUGAUGAUGAUCAUGAGCAGGAUGGGAAAAAAAGCAAAAAGAGUGUUUGGCGGUUUCUUGACAAAUCCUUGCAACUCCACAAGGCACCUGUAUUAGACAGUUUGUGCAUCGAACUCGGUCCACAAUGUCCUACUGAUGUCGAUGUCGGAAAGUGGGUUGAAACCGCUGUUGAUCGCCGCGUGACUGUACUGAUAUUUAAGCUUCUCUGGUCUGCCGGUCCAACCAGAUUGCCCGAAAGCUUUUACACCUGCGAAACCCUCCAGGAACUAACUCUCUCCCACAAGAUUCUCGUGGAUUUCCCUUCUUCUUCUUCUUCUUCUUCUUCUUGCCUCCGGUCCCUGAGAUUUCUCCAGCUUUUCUUUGUGGUGUAUAAAGACGAAGAUUCUAUCCUUAGGUUUCUAUCGAGCUGCCCUAAUCUCAGGAUCCUGGUCGUGAUACGGAAAAAGGAUGACAAUGUGAAAAAGAUUACUGUGAAAGUUCCUUCUUUGUGUCAGUUAUGCUAUCACGAUGUUUAUGUAGGAGGCACUGGUAGGUGCUUGGUUGCUGAUACUCCGGCGUUAGUGAAGCUCAGUAUCAUUGAUGGUUCCACAGAUCAUUGCUCAAUCGACAGGAUGCCUUGUCUUCAUUAUGCAAGUAUCCUUACUCAUUAUCAACCUGAUGAAAGAUUUUUAAAAUCAAUCUCUUCAGUCCGGUCUCUUGACUUUCUUUCAUCGCAACUUGUGUGUUUUAGCGCCAUCUACUUCCCUCGCCUUACAAAGCUAAGCAUAGAACCAAGAUACUCAGAUUGGAUGGAACAGCUUAUGGGUUUGCUAAGAAAUUCUCCCAAAGUUAAAAAUCUUCAUUGUAGAUAUAGAGGCAAUGAUCUCCCACCUUCAUGGAACCAACCGAGUUCUAUUCCUGAAUGUCUGUCCUCAAAUCUCGACAAUUUUACGUGGCACGAAUAUGGAGGAAGACAAGAAGAGAAGAAAUUCUUGACAUACAUUCUGGCCAACGCUAAGUGUUUAAAGACCACAAAAAUCUCCUUGACACCAACCUUGAGUCUUGAAGAGCAGCACAUGAUGAUGGAGAAACUGAAAGAUAUUCCUACAACAUCUCAGCUUUUGUUCGAAUGA